CCAUUUCAUCUGUUUCUCUCUCUUCUUCCCCAGUCAUAGACCGUCGAUUCUUCAUGUUCUUCUUGAUAAACUGAUAUAAGAUGAUGAAUCGGAUGAUAAUCAUACGAAUUUGAACUUGAAUUCGAGAAGAAAAGCUAAACUGAUGCACAGAUCUGGAGUUGUUAUGGCUUGGAACGUGUUCAAGUUUUGUACUAUCCUUAGAGGUUUCGGCUCCAUCAUGAUCCUAUUGGUCCUCGCCGUCGUCGGCGUCACUUACUACGCAGUUGUCAUCACAAAUUAUGGACCAGCUUUAUACGACGGAGACUUUGGUUCUUUAACAGCGUUCUUCGUCUUGCUUUUGUUUCAUUUUCUGCUGGUGAUGCUAUUAUGGAGUUACUUUAGUGUUGUUCUUACGAAUCCUGGUAGUGUACCUGUAAAUUGGAAGCCUGUGUUGGAUGAGGAGAUAGGUGAGGCUGAAUUACUGAAUGUGUCUGAAUACAAUGGUGAUGUUACAAACCAGGGGAUUCGGUUUUGUCGAAAGUGUAAUCAGCCGAAACCACCACGUUGCCAUCAUUGUUCUGUUUGUGGGAGAUGUGUGCUGAAAAUGGACCAUCAUUGUGUAUGGGUUGUGAAUUGUGUUGGAGCAAUGAACUACAAAUAUUUUCUCCUUUUUCUGUUGUAUACAUUCUUGGAAACAAGUCUUGUGGCUUUGUCAUUGCUACCACAAUUUCUAGCAUUUUUCGACGAAGAAGAGAUCGUUGGGACACCAACCAUGCUUGCGACAACUUUCCUAGCAUUCGUGCUGAAUCUAGCUUUUGCAUUGAGUGUACUGGGAUUUCUGAUUAUGCAUAUUACUUUGGUUGCUUCUAACACAACCACUAUCGAGGCAUAUGAGAAGAAGACUGCCCCGAGAUGGCGUUAUGAUCUUGGAAGGAAGAGGAACUUUGAACAGGUGUUUGGAACAGACAAACGAUAUUGGUUCAUCCCGUCCUAUUCAGAGGAAGAUUUAAGACGCAUUCCUGCACUUCAAGGUGUUGAAUAUCCAUCAAAAUCCGAUUUUGAAGCUCAGGAAGUUUAAUCAUAACCGAACACAAACAUGUUUUAUAUCUCGAUUCAUUGAGCUGGGAUUGAUUUGUCGGGAUUUUCCAAUUCAAAAACAGUCAUGUCGAUUAUAAAAACUGCAAGAAAGGGUAGAAGAAGCAGAAUAGAAGAAAUAUAUUAGAGAGAAGAGACAGAUGAUCGGGGUACAUAUUGUGGGUUUUGACAAUGUUGAUGAUGUACUAGGUUAUUUUUAUAGGGUGUGACAUUAUUAUUUCAAAUGUAAUUUAAUAAACAUAUUGUUAAUUGGUGUUUUGCAAAAAAAAAAAUUUACCCUUUUCUUGUUGUUUGGGGAUGUUGAAUUAUUGGGAUUUAUAAGAAAAAGUCUAUAAAUUUAAUUCUAAACAUUUUUUGUUGUCAAAUAUUUGAU